GGGAAACUCGGAUCACUUCUUUUUCUUUCUCUUCGCUUCUUUUAAUUUUUUUUUUUUUGUGAACUUUUUUCUCAUUUAUCAAAAUCAAAGACUGCUACUGCAAUAUCUUUAUCUUCUAAAACUCAUACCAAAGAAAGAAGAAGAAAAUUCUUCUUUCGUUUCCUUGUUUGGAUUAAUUGUAGAAUAAUAAGUGUUGGUUGAGUUGGGAGGGGGGAAAUAGGAAGGAAGAUGGAGGCAGCGAUGGGACUGAUGAGAAGAAUGCCGCCUCGCCACUCGGAGACAACACUCUCCGCUCUUUUAAGCCUUUUGCCUCACCACUCCUCCGAUCUCCUCUCUCAAGUCGACCUCCCUCUCCAGGUUUUAUGUGAUGUGGACAGUGGGAAGGAGUUCAUUUUGUGUGAAUACAACAGAGAUGCUGAUUCAUAUAGAUCACCUUGGUCAAAUAAAUACCAUCCACCAUUGGAAGAUGCACCUUAUCCAUCUUCAGAGUUGAGGAAACUUGAAAUUGAAGCUAAUGAUAUCUUUGCAAUCUAUUGUGACCAGUAUUAUGAGGGUGGGAUUUCAUCAGUCUAUAUGUGGGAAGAUGACAAUGAAGGUUUUGUUGCCUGCUUUUUGAUAAAGAAAGAUGGCUCAAAGACUGGGCACGGGCGAAGAGGUUAUUUAGAGGAGGGAGCUUGGGAUGCUAUACAUGUUAUAGAGGUUGGACCAGAAGAGGAAGGAGCAACACGUUAUUGCUUGACCAGUACAGUCAUGCUGUCUUUGACUACAGAUGAUGAGUCAUCAGGCACUUUCAGUUUGUCAGGAUCAAUCAGACGACAGAUGAAUAUGAACCUUGCAGUUGCUGAUGGUCAUCUUUGUAACAUGGGAAAGAUGAUAGAAGAAAUGGAGGGUAAGCUAAGGAACUCGUUGGAUCAGGUCUACUUUGGAAAGACGAGAGAGAUGGUUUGCACUUUACGGCCGCCUUCUGAAGUGGCACAGAUGAGAUUGCCUGACAGUUGAUCUGGCUUUUAUGACAUGUGAAAUUGAAGAUUGUGUCAUAUUUGCAGUACUAUAGUAUCUAGUAAGCUGUGUAUGACUUAUUCGGAUCCAGACAAAUGAUAACUGUAUGGUUGACAUAUUUCCUGUGUGCUGUUACAACAUGAAAUUUCUGAUGAAUUCGCUUGAUAAUAUUUCCUUCAAAUUAUCUUUGACAUCUUCAUGCUUAAAACGAUUUGACAUGACAGGAAGUCGGCUCGUCAAACUCAGUUUUGAACAUGUAUCAAUUUGGGAUUGUGGUGUUUGGAUUCGCCUAUCACUUAGCAAGAAAAAUAUUUCAUGAUAUUCUGGUCCUUGAUUGCGAGACAAUCUUUGCCAAUACACUGACCCAGACUGGUAGUAAUCACAAUCCAAGAAAGAUUCGGUUAGUUGUUACUUCUUAAAGUUUGCAUUGGGUUGUUACAACAUUUUGAUGGUCACAUUGUCAAAACUCAAAAGCAGAGAGCGACAUGUGCCUGAAGGGUGCCGAUGUUGAUGGACGUGUGGUGUCAACAGGCCAAUUUUGGAACAAGUACAUGGAGGAAAAGAGCUUUUGACACCCUAAUUCUUGCAAUGGUAAGUAGUCAAUUUUGAGCAUAUGAUUCGAUAAAUGCUCGAAUAUGACUAACCAAUUAUUAAACUGAAUUCAAGCUUUAGUUAUUUGAGCAUGGAAUCAAACCAAAUUCAAGUACUUUAAUUCUUAAU